CUCCAAGAGGAAAACGGGGGUGGAAGACUUUCCAUGGGAUACUAAAGGGAAUGAUCUUGUAUCUACAGAAGGAGGAAUAUAAACCUGGCCAGGCCCCGGCUGAGGAAGACCUGAAAAAUGCCAUCAGCAUCCAUCAUUCGCUGGCCACCCAAGCAUCAGAUUACAACAAGAGACCCAGCGUUUUCUACCUCAGGACAGCCGACUGGAGAGUCUUCCUCUUCCAAGCCCAGAACACAGAACAAAUGCAUUCCUGGAUCACACGAAUUAAUGUGGUAGCAGCCAUGUUCUCUGCACCACCAUUUCCAGCUGCCAUUGGGUCCCAAAAAAAAUUCACUCGCCCAUUACUGCCCAGUUCUACCACAAGACUAUCACAGGAAGAGCAACUGAAGAGUCAUGAAAUCAAAUUUAAAGCCAUGGCAGCAGAGCUUUUGGAGCAUCGUUCCUCCCUUCCUGAGAAGAAGCUGAAAGGCAAGGAGUAUGAGGAACUGAAGCAGAAAGAGGAGUAUCUGAUAUUUGAAAAAUUACGCUAUGGCAUUUAUGCUACACUAAUGCGCACCAAACUGAAGACUGGUUCUGAGGAUCUGGCAGCUUUGGAAGUUACCUUAUUUGAUACAGUGGAUGGCACAGAAGACAGCUUCAAGGAGUCCCAGUCCAGCCUUUCCCUGAACCAGGAGCCAGCUGGCACAAGUUCCAAGAUGAAACGCAGCCAUCAGCAAGCUACUAGUAACCAGCAAAAAUCAUAAGUGAUCCUUCUUUGCAAAGAAAAUGGCAUUCCUGUCCUAGAAAUUUGCAAGUCGUCAUUCCUCAUGGUCAGGAGUCACACAAUAGAAGACAUUGUUAAUGGGCCCAAUUCUGUAUCAACUUCACCAGUGGAAAGACCUGUCAUGACUGCAGUCCUACUGUAUACAGCCUUCCCAGUAUUAUCAGACUAUGGCUUAUGGGUGAAAGAACAAAAAUCCACAAUUAAGUAACAGGACUGCAUUCUUAAUCAGUGCUUCGCUAUAUCAACGUUUUCCAUCUCUUGCAAAACCAAGAGUAGGGGAGAGGAAGAAAGGAGACUACUUCCCUACCUUUUCUUACAUUUUUUGUGAUAUAUUUUACAUUUUUAGUACCUGAUAAUGCUGAAUCACACUGGAAUAGAAAAAGUAAUUUUGACAUUGCAUAAGAUAGACAGUUAUUACAUUCAGUGAAUACGUUUGCGUAGCGUUUUGGGGGCAGAGACUCCUGCUCUUCCUUGCAGAUACAGCACUGCACUUUCAGCCUGCAGGGGCAACUUCUUCAUGGAAGCCCAAUUCUUUCACCACCAGCAGCUCUCCUGGAGUAGCUGAAUUAUUUUUUCACCAGCAUAAGCUGGAUCAUGACUUAUCCUGAUAAUUGUUCAGCUCUUACAAAACUGGGCAGAGGUUGUAUAUGCUUCAAGGGGACCAGCACUAACAGGUAAAAUCAGGGACAGUGGAUACCUCCCAAGUGGCAGCUGGACAAUGCCAUAAUAGGGUAAUCCAUCAGCACAUAUUUGUCUAACUGUUCUCUUCCACAGCAGAAAACCAUAGGCAGUGGGCCUGCUGGUCUUAGGCCUAAUUAGGUUCUGCCCUUCAUGAGUAACCAGAACAAAAUCUAUUGAUUAUGUAAUAGAAAGAAACGUUGGCCGUUCUAUCACUUAAGCCUGGUGGGGGCAUAUUCGGAGGAGAGAUGGGGGCAUUCCAAACUUCCAGAAGCGUUCCCAAUUCCCAAACCAUUGGUUGCAUAGGUGGUAUGGUCAUAACGCCUAUAUAGAUAGCCUGGUUCUUUAACUUGUAAUUUCAAAAGGCUUUAAGGCAUGGCUCAAAGCUUGAUCACUGUUAUGUAUGCAGUGAAAGAAAAAAGGACCCAGCUGAUGAUCAGGACAGAAGUAUAAGCAAGAUUAAAUUCUGCAGAUGUGGAAUACCAGGCUACCUAUAUGAUGGGAGUAUUGCAGGGUAAUACCUGAGAGACAAACACCACUCCCAGAGAUCCAGCACUGAAUCUCUAAAUAUGUCAAAUUUCUUCUGUUCUAAGCAGACUGUAAAAAAAGCCAAUUGUACAGUUUCUUUUUCAGCUACUGAAGUAAACCAGCUCAAGCAUCUAUAGUGAUCCAGUUGUCCCUCAAACUCUUUCUGUAUUACAGAAACAGGAUAAAGAAUGUCAUUGUGAGUGCCAUAAACCAGGAUCAGCAACUUCUGUUGCCUGGUUCAUACAGAUAACUGAUCACCUCAAUAUAAA